UGUCCGAAGUUGUGGCGGUACACAUGCCAUGUAAAUUAGGUUUUUCUCUGACGGGAGCUUCUACAAGGAUAUAAAAGUAAUAAGAAUUGUGUGUAUUUCCCGAUUUUCCCGUCAUCCGAGGCUUCCAGUUUCCCUUUUCGUGGCGAGAAAGCAGGGUUUUGAUCAGGCGCGCGCCGCGGGCAGCUUCGACUUCAGCCGGGUCUUCGGCGGCCGCGGGAAGACCCGAGAGUCCCUGGAAGCGCAAGAUGGCGACGGCGGCCGCAACCUCGGCUGCAGAACCCGAGGCUGAGUCCAAGGCUGGGCCCAAGGCUGAAGGAGAGGAGGAAGAGGUUAAGGCGGCUAGGACGAGGAGGAAGGUGCUAUCGCGGCCUGUGACCGCGGCGACGUACAAGACCAUAGGGCCACAGUGGGAUCCGCAGGAGGAAGGCGUGAGCGAGAGCGAUGGGGAUGAUGAGGAGUUCGCCAUGGCUUCCUCGGCGGAGAGCUCCCCCGGGGAGUACGAGUGGGAGUACGACGAAGAGGAGGAGAAGAACCAGCUAGAGAUCGAGAGGCUGGAGGAGCAGCUGUCUAUCAAUGUCUAUGACUACAACUGCCACGUGGACCUGAUCCGGCUGCUGCGACUGGAAGGGGAGCUCACCAAGGUGAGGAUGGCCCGCCAGAAGAUGAGCGAGAUCUUUCCCUUGACUGAAGAGCUCUGGCUGGAGUGGCUGCACGAUGAGAUCAGCAUGGCCCAGGACGGCCUAGACCGGGAGCGCGUGUAUGACCUCUUUGAGAAAGCUGUGAAGGAUUACAUUUGUCCUAACAUUUGGCUAGAGUAUGGCCAGUACUCAGUUGGUGGGAUUGGUCAGAAAGGUGGCCUCGAGAAAGUUCGCUCUGUGUUUGAAAGGGCCCUCUCAUCCGUCGGUCUGCAUAUGACCAAAGGGCUCGCCAUCUGGGAGGCUUACCGAGAGUUUGAAAGUGCGAUUGUGGAAGCUACUCGGCCCAUAGCUGGCUUCCUUUCCCCUUUUGACCGGGAACAAACCUUUGAUUCACAGCUUGAGAAAGUCCACAGUCUCUUCCGGCGACAGUUGGCGAUCCCACUUUAUGAUAUGGAGGCCACGUUUGCAGAGUAUGAAGAAUGGUCAGAAGACCCAAUACCAGAGUCUGUAAUUCAGAAUUACAACAAAGCACUGCAGCAGUUGGAGAAAUACAAACCCUAUGAAGAAGCGCUGCUGCAAGCAGAGGCGCCGAGGCUGGCGGAAUACCAAGCGUAUAUUGAUUUUGAGAUGAAAAUGGGUGAUCCCGCUCGCGUUCAGCUGAUCUUUGAGCGUGCGCUGGUCGAGAACUGCCUGGUCCCAGACUUGUGGAUCCGUUACAGUCAGUACCUAGAUCGGCAGUUGAAAGUAAAGGAUUUGGUUUUAUCUGUUCAUAACCGCGCCGUUAGAAACUGCCCCUGGACAGUCGCCCUGUGGAGUCGGUACCUCUUGGCCAUGGAGAGACACGGAGUUGAUCAUCAAGCGAUUUCUGUAACGUUUGAGAAAGCUUUGAAUGCCGGCUUCAUCCAGGCCACUGACUACGUGGAGAUUUGGCAGGCGUACCUUGAUUACCUGAGGAGAAGAGUGGAUUUCAAACAAGACUCCAGUAAAGAGCUGGAAGAGUUGAGGGCCAUGUUCACUCGUGCUUUGGAGUAUCUGAAACAGGAGGUGGAAGAGCGUUUCAAUGAGAGUGGCGAUCCAAGCUGCAUGAUCAUGCAGAACUGGGCUAGGAUUGAGGCUCGACUGUGCAAUAACAUGCAGAAAGCUCGGGAACUCUGGGACAGCAUCAUGACCAAAGGCAAUGCCAAGUACGCCAACAUGUGGCUUGAGUAUUACAACCUGGAAAGGGCACACGGCGAUACCCAGCACUGCCGGAAGGCGCUGCACCGGGCCGUCCAGUGCACCAGUGACUACCCGGAGCACGUCUGCGAAGUGUUGCUUACCAUGGAGAGGACAGAAGGUACUUUAGAAGAUUGGGAUAUAGCUGUUCAGAAAACUGAAACUCGAUUAGCCCGUGUCAAUGAGCAGAGAAUGAAGGCUGCAGAGAAGGAAGCUGCCCUUGUGCAGCAAGAAGAAGAAAAGGCUGAGCAGCGCAAGCGGAGCCGGGCCGAGAAGAAGGCGCUGAAGAAGAGGAGAAAGACCAGAGGCACGGAUAAGCACAGAGUGGAUGAGGACGAGGAGAAGGAGUGGGGCGACGAUGAGGAAGAGCCGUCUUCCAAACGCAGAAGGGUUGAGAACAGCGUCCCUCCCUCUGGAGAAACACGAGACGCAGAAGUGGAGAUAGGGCCUGCUGAGCGACACGCAUCCGUAGAUGUCGACCCUCCUUCGAAGCAGAAGGAGAAGGCGGCCUCCCUCAAGAGGGACGUGCCCAAGGUGCCCCACGACAGCAGCAAGGACAGCAUCACCGUCUUUGUCAGCAACCUGCCCUACAGCAUGGCAGAGCCCGACGCCAAGCUCCGGCCGCUCUUUGAGGCCUGCGGGGAGGUGGCUGAGAUCCGCCCCAUCUUCAGCAACCGCGGGGACUUCCGGGGCUACUGCUACGUGGAGUUUAAAGAUGAGAAAUCGGCCCUGCAGGCCCUGGAGUUGGACCGGAAGACUGUAGAAGGGAGGCCAAUGUUUGUGUCCCCCUGUGUGGAUAAGAGCAAAAACCCUGAUUUCAAGGUGUUCAGAUACAGCACCGCCCUGGAGAAGCACAAGCUGUUCGUCUCGGGCCUGCCUUUCUCCUGCACGAAAGAGGAACUAGAGGACAUCUGCAAGGCUCAUGGCACCGUGAAGGACCUCAGGCUGGUCACCAACCGGGCCGGCAAACCCAAGGGCCUGGCCUACGUGGAGUACGAGAACGAAUCCCAGGCGUCGCAGGCUGUGAUGAAGAUGGACGGCAUGACUAUCAGAGAGAAUGUCAUCAAAGUGGCCAUCAGCAAUCCCCCUCAGAGGAAAGUUCCAGAGAAGCCAGAGGCGAGGAAAGCACCAGGCGGCCCCAUGGUGCCGCGGCAGAUCUAUGGAGCGCGGGGGAAGGGGAGGACCCAGCUGGCUCUGCUGCCUCGCGCCCUGCAGCGCCCGAGUGCCGCUCAGGCCGAGAACGGCCCUGCCCCAAGUCCAGCAGUCCCCACCGCAGCGGCCACCGAGGCGCCCAAGAUGUCCAAUGCUGAUUUUGCCAAGCUGCUUCUGAGAAAGUGAACAGGACUCUGGGAGAGACAGGAAAUGCCUUACUUCAUGCUGGCCCGGCAGACCACCCGCCACACAGCGAAGCACUGGGGACAGACGGCCCGGUGCGGCGCCCACUGGCUACCACCGCCUUCCCUCUGGGUGUUCCCAGUGAAGAGGCUGUCGGUGCUCCCUCAUAUUGAGGGCGAUAGGGGGACACGAUCACUACAGGUUGGGCCCAGGGCGUAGUCUCCGAAGCUACUUUUGUGUCUUAAAGGAGGAGCAGAAGUGAAACCGGAACAUGCAGCGUUUGAGACCCACUCAUCCUAAUGUUUUUGCCAGCUCUGGCCCCUUUUUCUAAGACACUUCUCUCACACCCCGCACAGCACAGGUGCCUGUCACUCUUUUAAUUUUAAAAGAUGAAAGGCAGAUGCCAGUAACUCACCAGAAUGGCCUAUGGGGGAGGGGGUGAGGGAGGGAAAUCUCCUAAAAAAACAUUUGAUGGGUUUUUGUUCAGAGGGGCUGUGCAUUUUUUAUAUUACGUAUUUGUAAAUGACACGUCAGACUGUUGUUUUGUUUCCUAAAAGCAAAAUGUUUGUGACAUUUGUUUUAUACAGGAAUUCUGUGUGCCCCCCGCUGUGGACCAUUUUCUUUGCCUAGUGACUAGUGAACUGUGUUCUUUGUCUAAACAUUGAGUUCCAGCCUUUUGGUUUUGUUUCAAUACCACAUCAAGUGCAAACUGCAGUUCUCCGCAGUUAGCUUUGUUUGUUAAACUGAAGUUCUCUUAGAAACUUCUUGACAAAUGGUACUCAGAUGUGCAUUCACACAUGGGUGUAUCUUGCUUUACCUAAUAGCUGUGUAAAUAGAACUUUUGUAAGUCAAAUUCCAUUGUCAUUUGAUUUAAAUUA